CCCAGGACAAUCCCCCUCCCCGGGCCUCUCUCCUCUUGCCUACGAGUCCCCUCUCCUCAUAGGCCUCUCGGAUCUGAUAUCGUGGGGUGAGGUAAGCAGGCCCGGGGAGGGUGGUUACCGCUGAGAAGCUGCAGUCGCUGUCAAGAUGAUAGAGGUACUGACAACAACUGACUCCCAGAAACUGCUACACCAGCUGAAUGCCCUGUUGGAACAGGAGUCUAGAUGUCAGCCAAAGGUCUGUGGUUUGAGACUAAUUGAGUCUGCACACGAUAAUGGCCUCAGAAUGACUGCAAGACUAAGGGACUUUGAAGUGAAAGAUCUUCUUAGUCUAACUCAGUUCUUUGGCUUCGACACAGAGACGUUUUCUCUAGCUGUGAAUUUACUGGACAGAUUCCUGUCUAAAAUGAAGGUACAGCCCAAGCACCUUGGGUGUGUUGGACUGAGCUGCUUCUAUUUGGCUGUAAAAUCAAUAGAAGAGGAAAGGAAUGUCCCAUUGGCAACUGACUUGAUCCGAAUAAGUCAAUAUAGGUUUACGGUUUCAGACUUGAUGAGAAUGGAAAAGAUUGUAUUGGAGAAGGUGUGUUGGAAAGUCAAAGCUACUACUGCCUUUCAAUUUCUGCAGCUGUAUUAUUCACUCCUUCAAGAGAACUUGCCGCUUGAAAGGAGAAAUAACAUUAAUUUUGAAAGACUAGAAGCUCAACUUAAGGCAUGUCAUUGCAGGAUCAUAUUUUCUAAAGCAAAGCCUUCUGUGUUGGCAUUGUCUAUCAUUGCAUUAGAGAUCCAAGCACAGAAGUGUGUAGAGUUAACAGAAGGAAUAGAAUGUCUUCAGAAACUUUCCAAGAUAAAUGGCAGAGAUUUGACCUUCUGGCAAGAGCUUGUAUCCAAGUGUUUAACUGAAUAUUCAUCAAAUAAGUGUUCCAAACCAAAUGUUCAGAAGUUGAAAUGGAUUGUUUCUGGGCGUACUGCCCUGAAAUGGUCCCUUAACUGGAUUAUUACAGCACCAAAAAACUUCUCUGAAGCCUUUCUCUACAACCUUGUUCUACGGAUUCCAUAAUGUUACAAUGGAUUUAAACUAUGAAGCCUCAAAACAUCAUGAGAUAAGCAUGAUGGUCUCAGACUUGGGAAAACUGCCUAAUAUUAUGCUGUAGUGGAAUUAUGUUUAGAUUUGAAUUCAUCUGUGAAGCAUUC